UAAACUCAGUCCUCCUACCCGACACAAGCCUCAGUGGACAACAGCUGGUCAGCGUUUCACGUCUGAGGCUGUGCAAACGGCACAUCUGGAUUAAGAACUUGUGGAACGUGUGGAACGAGUCUGGCUCCCAAUGGAUUUAAAGAACUCCAGCCACACCAGCCCACUCUGGGCUCCUACCAGCAACGUGACAGACUUUGACGAGUGCAACCUGACGGCAUCCUGGGACUGGUUAAUCAUGAUCCAGCCCUCUUAUAUGACAGUGAUCUGCAUCCUGGGUCUUCUGGGAAACUCCUUUGUGCUGUGCGUCUUCUGUCUGCGGAACAAGCACAACACUGUGGCUGACGUCUACCUCAGCAACUUGGCGGCGGCGGAUCUGGUGCUGGCGGCGUGCCUGCCCUUCUGGGCCGUGACCGUAGCCCAGGAGUUCGAAUGGCUGUUUGGUGAGCCGCUUUGCAAGCUGGUCAACAUGUUCAUCGCCAUGAACUAUUUCUGCAGCGUCCUCUUCCUGGCCGUGGUUAGCAUAGACCGCUACCUGGCGCUAGUGAAGCCAUUGUCAUUCGGCAGAAAGAGAGAUACUGCUUUGGCCAGAAGGAUCUGCCUGGGCAUUUGGGUGGUGGGCUUUCUCCUCAGCCUUCCGGUUCUGCUGUUCCGCUCGGUGAAGGAGGUUCCUGCCCUUGGGGUGAACGCAUGCCAGCUGGUCUACCCCCAUCAGGGCUGGAGGGUCCAGUGGAACGUGACGACCAAUAUCGUGGGCUUCCUGGUGCCCAUGCCAGUGCUGUCGUUCUGCGGCUACCGCAUCGUAGCUGUAUUCAGGGAGAACCAUCCAAGGGGUUUCCCCAGGGAAAGGACUGAAAGGAAAGCCAUCGUUUUCUUGACCAAUGUCUUCUGCUUGCUCCCACACCAGAUAGUGACCUUCCUUGACACUCUAGAUUAUUACGAAGUAAUCACCGGCUGUCCCUGGUGGCACGGUUUGGACAUCAGCUCCCAGAUAGCCACCUACAUGGCUUUCAGCAACAGUUCGCUGAAUCCCUUUCUGUACGUCAUUGUGGGAAGUCAUUUCAGGAAGCGGGUCAGACUAAUGGUCAAGCAAGCCCUGAAGCGUGGGGUGAAGGACAAGGCUUCCCUGACUGCUAAUUUCACCUCCACCACUAAAUAUAUUCAAGCCAGUAGAAUAUCUUUGCCGCAAUGCAAUGUAAACUAGGCCUUGAACGAUACAUCAGUUAGCCGAUAAAAUCAGGCGAUAUUAAGGUUUCUUGAAUUUACAGACAUCAGUGUAAAACCUGUGUCUAAGGCACUAGUGAUGUCUCUUUAAACAUGUGUAUGACUGAAAGAUUGACUGAUUGAUAGAUUUAAUGAUUGAUUGAUUAUUACAUUUAUAUUGUGCUUUUCAAGACACCCAAAGUGCUUUUACCAAACCAAAAGGGAUCCACUUUGACCACCACCACUGUGUAGCCCCCACCUGGAUGAUGCAAUGGCAGCCAUCCUGGUACAGUACACUAACCACACAAUGGUUAUAGUGGUGAAGGGGCAGGAGAGAAUUCACCAGUUAGAUACAGGGGGUGAUUAGGAGGCCAAAUUUGAAAGGGCCACAGUGGGAAAUAUUAGCCAGUGCAUCGGGUUACCACUCCUCCUCUUUCGAAAGAUGCCCAGGGAUCUUUUAUGACCUUAGGGACCUCAGUUUUGCGUUUAAUCUGAAGGACGGCACCAUGUUUACAGCACAGGGGCAGCACUGGGGCAUUGGAAUCCACACCAACGCUUCUUCCACCAUGAUAGAACAUGUCAGUCGCUGGAGAAAAUGCAAAGAAGCUAUGGCAGACUGUGGGGCUGGGAUUAUUACUAAAUCUUAUAGUACAGACUAAGGUUGACGCAUGACAGAAUGUGUGUGGUCACAUAAUGCAACAUCCAAGAGUUAACACAAUUAAUGAACAGUGAAAUCCAAAUAUACGCCAUGUAAGCGACCAAAAUCCAGAAAGGGCUGGGUAAACUCAACGUCUGCUAUCAUACCUGAAGUCACACAAUUUAAAAUAGCUGUUAGUCAUGUAAUGUAAAUAUUGUUCAAUACCACACAAAAAAAGUAUUUUGUGUGAGUGUGUUAAUUCAGUUUAUUUAUAUUGUGCUUUUGUUAAAUAAACAGUGUAUUUUGCUUAUGCUCAUUUCAACAUUUGUGAGAGUUUAUGGUAUUGUCAUUCCAAAAUAUGCAGGCAUACAAUUAAACAAAAUAGUGUCUGAGGUGGCUUUUAAUAUAACAUUUAUAUUCUUUUGAGGAUUUGUGAAUAUCUAUAGUUUAAUUGAUAAUCUUUUCACAUUUUUUAGCUAUGUGUGAUCGUAUAUAAUGAUUUGUAGCAUUCUUGAAAUAUUAGUGCUAUACAUUAUUCUGUAAUGUUCCUCUGCAGCACUGUAAUGAAAUAAGGUUUUAAAAAUCAGUUUAAGGAUGAUAUUUGCAGUGUUUCUGUCUCCAAAUAGCAAUUUUCCUGCAGAGUCAACGUAUUGUCCUGUUAAUGCUUUACUGUUCCUGUUGUGUUAUUUUAAAGUUUCAUUUGGAAUACAAAUUUUAACUGUGUUUGUAUGUAGAGUUUGAAUGUGAAAUGUUAAUAUUUUAAGGAAAUUAAUUACAUGCAAAUAUUAAUGUGACUAUUUAUUGUUGGAAUAGUUUCAGUGCGGAAACAA